AUGGCAUCCGUCAGGUUCCUCUCCCUUCUCCUCCUCGUCCUCGUUAGCGCGGCCGCCGUGGCCGAGGCGCGGAUAGACCCAACGGAGUUCAUAAAGGCCAUCAAGGCGAUCAGACGGUCGCCGCGAAUCGCGGCCGCGACUCUUCCUGCUGCCGAAGCGCUGUUCCGCAAGGUGAUGAAGCUGGACAGUUCCACCGGCAACGUGACUCUCCUCGUCCCCGCAGCGCUCGCCUCGCUCAGCCCCUCCGCGCUGCCCGCCUACACGAUCCCGCAGGCGAACAAGAUCCGCCUGUACCACCUGCUCUCGGGUCUCUACACCGCUGCGGACCUCCAGGCGCUGUCCCGCAAUGCCAAGAUCCCCACUGUGGAGGGGAAAGCCAUCACGAAGCUCACACCUCCGAUCAUCCCCGUGGUGAUGCUUAAGGGAAAGGACCUGAUGCCGUCUGUGCUGGUGUCUGGCGAUGUGUAUGUUGGCGAUACCCUUGCUGUGCACGUCGUGUCGUCCAUUCUGCUCCCUCCUGACCUCUAG